AUGAAGCUCACCGUCCUCGCUAUCACACUAGCGACCAUCGCCCCAUGCUUCGCGGUUCCGCAAGCAGUUCCAGGCUUGACAAAGCGAGAGACAUGCACAGAGCUAAAGCGCCAGCGCAAUAACAUCUGUUCUAAGCUCGUCGACCCUUGCGGCACGGUACAUCAAUCCUCUUUCCUCCUCCUUUCUCCGAUUAUCAAAGAGAAGAGUUUUGCUGACCGGUAG